AUGAAGGGUGGUUGUGUCUCCCAGUGGAAGGCGGCUGCGGGGCUCCUCUUCUGUGCCAUGGUUUUUGCAUCUGCUGAGAGACCCGUCUUUACGAAUCAUUUUCUUGUGGAGUUGCAUAAAGGGGGAGAGGAAGAAGCUCGCCAAGUCGCAGCAGAACACGGCUUUGGAGUCCGAAAGCUCCCUUUCACUGAAGGCCUGUACCACUUUUAUCACAAUGGCCUUGCAAAAGCCAAGAGAAGACGCAGCCUACACCACAGGCAGCAGCUGGAGAGAGACCCCAGGGUAAAGCUGGCCUUGCAACAGGAAGGAUUUGACCGAAAAAAGAGAGGGUACAGAGACAUCAAUGAGAUUGACAUCAACAUGAAUGAUCCUCUUUUUACGAAGCAGUGGUAUCUGAUCAAUACCGGGCAAGCUGAUGGCACUCCUGGCCUUGAUUUGAAUGUGGCUGAGGCGUGGGAGCUGGGAUACACAGGGAAAGGUGUCACCAUCGGAAUUAUGGAUGAUGGGAUUGACUAUCUCCACCCAGACCUGGCCUCCAACUAUGUAAAGAUGGAUUCAAGCGCCGCCACCACGGCUCAAGAAGAUUGGAGUAGUAAUUGGUGGAACAGCCAUGGGACCCGAUGUGCAGGAGAAGUCUCUGCUGCAGCCAACAACAAUAUCUGUGGAGUCGGAGUGGCAUACAACUCCAAGGUUGCAGGCAUCCGGAUGCUGGACCAGCCCUUCAUGACGGACAUCAUCGAGGCCUCCUCCAUCAGCCACAUGCCGCAGCUGAUCGACAUCUACAGCGCCAGCUGGGGCCCCACUGACAACGGCAAGACGGUGGACGGGCCCCGGGAGCUCACACUGCAGGCGAUGGCCGACGGCGUGAACAAGGGACGUGGUGGCAAAGGCAGCAUCUACGUGUGGGCAUCCGGAGAUGGGGGCAGCUACGAUGACUGCAACUGUGAUGGCUACGCCUCUAGCAUGUGGACCAUCUCCAUCAACUCAGCCAUCAACGACGGCAGGACCGCCUUGUACGACGAGAGCUGCUCCUCCACCCUGGCCUCCACCUUCAGCAAUGGGAGGAAAAGGAACCCUGAGGCCGGCGUGGCGACCACAGAUUUAUAUGGCAACUGCACUCUGAGGCAUUCUGGGACAUCUGCGGCUGCUCCCGAGGCAGCGGGCGUGUUUGCACUGGCUUUGGAGGCUAACCUGGGCCUGACAUGGCGAGACAUGCAGCAUCUGACUGUGCUCACCUCCAAACGGAACCAGCUUCAUGAUGAGGUCCAUCAGUGGCGGAGGAAUGGGGUCGGCCUGGAGUUUAAUCACCUCUUUGGCUAUGGCGUCCUUGAUGCAGGCGCCAUGGUGAAAAUGGCCAAAGACUGGAAAACCGUGCCAGAGAGAUUCCACUGUGUGGGAGGCUCCGUGCAGGACCCUGAGAAAAUACCACCCACUGGCAAGUUGGUGCUGACCCUCACGACGGACGCAUGCGAGGGCAAGGAAAACUUCGUCCGCUACCUGGAGCACGUCCAAGCCGUCAUCACAGUCAACGCCACCAGGAGGGGGGACCUGAACAUCAACAUGACCUCCCCCAUGGGCACCAAGUCCAUCCUGCUGAGCCGGCGUCCACGGGAUGACGACUCCAAGGUGGGCUUUGACAAGUGGCCUUUCAUGACCACCCACACGUGGGGGGAAGACGCCCGGGGAACCUGGACCCUGGAGCUGGGCUUUGUGGGCAGCGCCCCCCAGAAGGGCGUGCUGAAGGAGUGGACCCUGAUGCUGCACGGCACGCAGAGCGCCCCCUACAUCGACCAGGUGGUGAGGGAUUACCAGUCCAAGCUGGCCAUGUCCAAGAAGGAAGAGCUGGAGGAGGAGCUGGACGAGGCCGUGGAGAGAAGCCUGAAAAGCAUCCUGAGAGAGAACUAG